GCGCCUGAUCUCACGCGAAGCCGUCAGCCAAUGAAGGAGCUCUGUUACCAGACGCCGCCAAGCUUGUGCGGGGGAGAGCGAGCCUGCUCCAGUCGAAGAGGAGAGCAGUUAGCGGGGCGCCGUGUGGUGGCUGCAGCUGCAGCUCUGAGAAUGUGUUGAUGUCUUCAGGGAUGGAUGAGAUGGAUGUCUUUACUUUUGAAGGGCAGGAAUCUCUGUGAAAAUAAUUCCAGCUGAUUAGCAUCACAGUGUUACCCGCUGGAACUCAGAUUGAAAUGAGUUCUGAAAUGUAGCUAUUCCUGGAAGAAGAGCCCAAGAGAGGAAGAUGGCUGCCAUUACUCUUGCCCUCAGAGGCAGUAACUACUUUCUGCACAUAAGCAGUCACUUCUCUUCAGCAAGAUAUUACUAGGGCAGUGGUCAAGGAUAUGGGAAAUGGUGUCCAGGACACUUUUCAAAACUUAUAUUUUUAUUUACUGAAGACAUACACUUUCUGAUCAGUCUAGCUACUGCUUGAUUCUAUACAGCCUUCCAGUAGUUUCAUGUCAGAAGACUGUUAUCCUAAAUGGAGACCUUACCUCAUGUUGGAAUCCAGUAAGCAAACAGUCUAGAUGCUGCUGAAUAGCCCUCUAUAAUGGAUCACAAAUCUCUCUAGUAGAUAUGAAAAAAUGAGGAACAACAUAGGAAAUCUGUGAAAGGAAUUGUUUCCAUAAUUGCACUUCUAGUGACUGCCAGAUAAAAUUUUGCCAAAACCAUUUGCAUCCAUAAAUGUGCAUGUGGGAUCCCAAAUGAUUAUAAGCACACCACAAAGACUGGCCAAUUCAGGACGUGUUCUGAUUGGAAAUUCGUAUACCACAGUGCCAGCCAUGGUCACUCAGACUGACAUAACAGAAGCCACUGGCUGGGUCCCAGGGGACAGAAAACGAACUCGAGACUUUAUGGAAACAGAUUUUUCAGAAAGUAAAAGAAGUAAAAAAGGAGAUAAGAAUGGCAAGGGCCUAAGGCAUUUUUCAAUGAAAGUGUGUGAAAAGGUUCAGCGUAAAGGAACAACAUCGUAUAAUGAAGUUGCAGAUGAACUGGUAUCAGAGUUUACAAAUUGUAAUAGGCACUUAGCGACAGGUUCAGCUUAUGAUCAGAAGAAUAUUAGACGGAGAGUUUACGAUGCACUCAAUGUAUUGAUGGCAAUGAACAUUAUUUCAAAGGAGAAAAAAGAAAUCAGAUGGCUAGGUCUUCCUACGAAUUCAGCUCAGGAAUGUCAGCAUCUGGAGGUUGAGAAACAGCGACGUAUAGAACGAAUAAAACAGAAGAGAGUUCAGCUGCAAGAGCUUCUACUGCAGCAAAUUGCUUUCAAAAAUUUGGUACAAAGAAAUCAACAAAAUGAGCAGCAGAAUCAGAGCCCUCCAGCUUUGAACUCUACCAUACAACUGCCUUUUCUAAUAAUAAACACAAGCAAAAGAACAAUUAUAGAUUGCAGCAUCUCUCCUGACAAGUUUGAAUACCUCUUCAAUUUUGAUAAUACCUUUGAGAUCCAUGAUGAUACUGAAGUUUUGAAACGAAUGGGAAUGUCAUUUGGUCUAGAAGCAGGCAAAUGUUCAGCAGAAGACCUAAGAACUGCUAAAACCCUGGUGCCAAAAGCUUUUGAAAGCUGUGUCACAGACAUGUCUACAGGAAUAUCUUGGGUGAACAAGGGGCUAAUUUUCAGUUCUACUCAAGUAGGUUUACCUUUUGAUACAGUUGGUGAUGCUGCUGUUUCUAAAUCAAGCGGAAAUCCAGGACUAUAUCUGGAUGCUGAAGUGGCCUUAGCAACAGGGCACCUUGUGGCCCCUAGCAGUCAGCAGUCCAGUGGUGCAACAUCACACUACUCAGAAUCACGUGGUGAAACCCCAUGUUCAUUUGAGGAUGAGGAUGAAGAUGAUCCCUCUUCACCAGAAUAAUGGCAAAAACCAGCCAUACAAAAUGCUGCUCCUGUGCACUUAAUGUGAGCUCAUGUUCUUUAUGCAGUUUUCUUCCCCUUUUGCUGUGUUUUUGAGAUUUAUGAAAGAUAUAUCUAGUGGAGAGAGACUAAGCACAGGGCAUGAUCCAGUCCUUGAAUUCAUGCCUGUAGGGGGGCAGGCAGGUGGACACUAGGGUGGAAAUAUACUGUGUCAUUGGUACCUGUAUCCAGUGCCUAGGGGCAGCAUAGAUCUCAUUUGUUGGUCUUCCUUAGAUUGGAUAAGAGGGUCUGAAGAAAGAUAGACUGCUGUUGGGGGUAUAUUAUAGUUGUCUUGGACAGCAGGUUGUUAGUUUGAAAGGUAGCCAUGCAAUAACUUGUUUGGUGCAUUGGGGCCUACUGGGCCAUAAAACUGUUAGUUGCCUGCUGGAUCCUGGUAGCUACUUGAGCCAGUCUUUAUCAGCCUCAGUGAUGUUGCUUGGAGUUGCCCAUAAGGCCUUGGGCAAGCCAACAGUACGUAAUGCCCCAGCACAACUUUGGUCACGUGGCUAACAUAACAGCUGCACACUCACCCUUUCUGGGCUCACAGGCAGAAUGGUUGGAUCUGCCUUUUCAUGUACUACCUAGAAAAAGAACACUUUCUGGAAAGAUCUGAUAGAAUGUAAUUAAAGUACAUAGUUUGGGUUUCUGUAACAUGGUGUAUUGCUUUCUUACCUUCUGUCCUUCAUUUCCUAAGAUGCUUUUUGUCUCAUGGGCUCUUGACAAUAGUAGUUUUUUGCAAAAGAUAUCCUCAAAGUCUAAUAACAUUAGGGUGCUAUUGAGAUGUGUGUUUUGGUCAUGUCAGCUCGGUGUAUACCAAAAUAGUUAUACAGAUUUAUUCAGGAAAAUGUAUUUGAGCUUGGAGGCUCUUUCAUUUUAAGAACUUGAAAUUUAGCAUUUCAACAGAUCCUUUCUACUGUCUAUUAUUGAGUAGCAGGACAAUUAGGGACGGGCAUAAACCC